AUGACUGAAGAUGAUAACGCAUCAGGUUUGGCUCAGCUGUAUCAAAGGACGCGGUCUGCAAUAGCUGAUCGAACAACACAUGCGCUCAUACGCCUUCCACCAGGGACACAUUUGGUCAGUUCAGACGAAAGUGGCGAUGACAGUACCACGGGUGAACAAUCACAAUCAGAAUUAGCUGCGAGGUUUAGUUCUUACCAUUCCACAAACGAUUUAGAGGGGUAUGAAGAAGAUGAUUUUGAGCCGAUACCCUGGUCACCGCACACUUCAACGCAGACUUCCGAUGUACGUGCUGAUCGUUCCAAAGAUGAGGCAUCGCCAAGUCCAAUGGAGCCACGAAGUAUUCAGGAGAUGAAAAGAAAUCCAGACGAUUUGAAUGCAUUUUACAACAUCCUACCAGCGUUUCCAAAACCAAGGUACCAAGCGUUGUACGACUAUUCAUCUCAGUUCUCUUUACCUGCUCUUUUCUAUUUCACGGAUAUUUCAACGUUUGGAAUGUGCUGGGCAACCUUUCUCAUUGUUGGGCACACCAUACAAUCCUUAUAUACUGAUUUUGGACCAAAUACAGGAAUUUUGGUUUUGAGUCCGGAGAUCAGCAUGCUGAAGCAUAUUUUCAUGGACAUCAUGUGGACCCAUUCUCUCCUCUCGGCGAUGAUGUUGGUUCCAGAUUACUUUGGAUCUUCAAGUGUUAUGGCGGCCAUGAUCUUUGCCAGCGGACAACCGCUCUACCUUGUGAUUUGUCUAAAGUCGCACUAUCACAUGAAAAGCCAAAAGGUUGUGCCUUUUGUUCAUGGAGAAUGGUGGAUCGCAGAUGUCGCGAGGCUGAUCUUUUGGGGGUACUUGAUUGCGUUUCUCUGCAUUUGCCUCGGGCAUUAUACGGAUAUCUCGAAUUUGAAGGUGACUGGAGUUUUCUUCAUGAACCUGACACCAUUAUUCGCAUGCGAAUCGUACAGGUUGUUGCUUUCACUUCCUGCAAGAUUGGAAGACCAGAAUGGCCAUAAGAAGCAUAUCUAA